CAGCCCCCCAGAUAAAACCAAUCAAUGCAGGUAGUGCCUGGAAUAGAACCCAGGCGUCCGGCUGCCCCCGCCGAUUUCCCCUUGAGCCCCCCUGCCCCUAGAAUCCCCCCAGUUCCCCACUCCUGCCCCCCCCCAUGUGCUGGAGUCACUUAGAGCUAAUUACACCAAUUUUCAGGCCCAUUUUCUGACUAAGUGGAAAAGAGAAAUUAGAGGCAACAUAAAUGAACCAGCCCCCCCCUCGAAUCCGUGGGGGGCGAUUAGCUACACCCCCCCGGCAUGACGCACCCAUCUGCCCCCCCCCCCAGCCCCUGCCCUGUAUAAAUCCAGUGCCUGAGCCCCCGGCUGCAACCAGAGCGGGGCAGAAUUUGAGAUGGGGACCCCUGCUGUGCUCUGCAUCUCUCUGGCCCUGUGGGGGCUGCUGGGCGAAUGUGCUGGGAUCCCUCUGACGCUCAAAGACAAACGUGGCUGGACCCUGAACAGUGCAGGCUACCUGCUGGGCCCCCACGCCCACCGCCCGCUGAUGGAGAAGGGGGCCUUAGCCGGGAAGCGGGAGGCCGCGGAGGAGCCGGUGCAGCUGGAGGUGGAGUUCGAUGGUGCCCCCCUGCGCCCCCCGGCUGAGCGCGGCCUCCAGACUUUGCUGGAUUUCCUCUCCUCCCUGUGUCUCCCAGAGCUGGGGGCCCUGGAUCGUCUGCCCCUCCCCGAUGCCGCUGGGCAGCCCUAGCCCCCCGGCCCCCCGCCGAGCUGCCUGUGCCAGGAGCCCCCCCUCACGGUGACGGGCGCACGCCCCAGAGCAGCGCCCCCUGCCCUGGUGCGGACACACUCAGCCCUCCCCCGACCUGGGACCCCCCCCCCCGUCUUCUGGCCUCCCACACAGGCGCCUCCCCCUCCCAUUCUGCCGCCACCAGCCCCCUGGCCAAGCAAAGGGGAGUCGCCCCCGGGUACCCCAUUCCACUGCCUGCCCUGAGUGUGAUAGUGGCGGGGGAGUGGGGGCUAGUGGUUAGAGCAGGGGGGGGCUGGGAGCCCGGACUCCUGGGUUCUCUCCCUGGCUCUGUGACUGCUUCCCCAUGUGCCCUUGGGGGUACGUCCCUUCUCCAUCACUCAUUGCCUCAGUUUCCCCUCCCACGGCCCCCUGGAACGCUCUCGUCAUCAUGCUGCAUGGGGGACAAGUGACGGGGCUGCGGACCCCCGGGAGACUCCCCCUCUGCAGUACGGGGCACUUGACACAGCUGCAGCCAGCGCCUCCCUGCGACACGUCCUGGAGCUGGAUGUCGACCCGACGCUCCCCGAGCGCGGCGGCUGGGACCGCCGGCGGCCCACAGCGGAGGGCACAGACGGGGCCGGGGACCCCCAAAUCCUGCAGGGAUCCUGGGGGAUCAGGCCCUCCCCAGCCCCAGCCCCCUGUCUCGGGGG